AUGAGCGCCUCGACAAGAGUUGCGCGGCGGGCGCUGGUCGUCAACCCCUUCCUGAGCACUGGCCGUACUCUACCCAGAUCUGCGCUUCUUGCUUCGUCAAUCCAUCUCGCCCGUAAUGCGCACAACUUGGGCCCGGCCUCUGCUUUGUUAAUUCCGGUCCGAACCCUCACAACAUCCGGCACAACUACCCAUGGCCCCCCCGGAGGACCGCCCCCGGGCUUCAAUUCGGAGGAGGCUAAGAAACCCCUUCCUAGGGAACCCGCUAGCACUAAGCCCGCAGUCAAGGCCGCCGAGAAGCCAAAGGCGGAGGCCGGGGUGAAGGAGGCGGUCAAGGAAGCGAAUGGAGCGCAAGCCGGUUCCGAUGCCUCGCUCACACAACUCACCGCCCAGAAGGAGGCUGCCGUGGAGGAGAAGGGAGAGGGUAAGAAGGAAGAGAAGAAGCUGACGAUUGGGCAAAAGAUCAAGAAGGAGGCCCAGCAUUACUGGGACGGUACCAAGCUGCUGGCGGCCGAAGUCAAGAUCAGCUCGAGACUCGCGCUCAAGAUGGCCGCCGGGUACGAGCUUACCCGGAGAGAGAACCGACAACUCCAGCGUACCGUUCAGGAUCUCGGCCGGCUAGUCCCUUUCUCCGUCUUCGUCAUCGUUCCCUUUGCCGAAUUGCUGCUCCCGGUCGCUCUCAAGCUGUUCCCCAACAUGUUGCCCAGCACCUACGAAGGCCAAAAGUCUAGGGACAAGAAGGCGUCGACACUGCGGGCCACUCGCCAGGAGGUUAGCGACUUCCUCCGCCAGACGCUGAAGGAGACGGGGCUCCCCCUGACGCAGGCGACGGCACAAAAGGAGGAGUUUACCAACUUCUUCCGGAAGCUCCGUGCCACCGGAGAGACGCCGACGGCCGAGGACGUCAUCAAGGUGUGCAAGGUCUUCAAGGAUGAUCUCACCCUCGACAACCUCUCGCGGCCGCAGCUCGUGUCCAUGUGCCGGUAUUUGAACCUCAACACAUUCGGUACCGACAUGAUGCUUCGGUACCAGAUCCGCCACCGCAUGCGUCAAAUCAAGCGGGACGACCGUGCUAUUAGCUACGAGGGCGUGGACAGCCUUUCAGUUGCUGAGCUUCAGGUCGCUUGCGCUAGCCGCGGCAUCAAGAGCUACGGCGUGUCGCCCUCCAGCCUCCGUGAGGAUCUGCAGACUUGGCUCGACCUGAGGCUCCGUGAGGGUGUGCCCUCCACCCUACUGGUUCUCAGCAGCGCGUACAUGUACGGCCAGACCUCAUCCCAGGAGGGCGUGUCGAGCCAGAUCCAAGCGUUGACCGGUGUGCUCUCGUCGAUCCCUGAGGAGCUCUUCCACGAGAUCGAGCUCGAGGUGCACAACGCUGAGGGCGCCGCCACCAACAAGCAGCGCCUCGAGGUGAUCAAGGAGCAGCAGGAGCUCAUCGACGAAGAGCUCGAGCAGGACCAGGAGAACCAGGCAACCGGCUUUGCCACGCCCCGGGAUACCGAGGAUAUCGACGAGAAGGAGGAACGCCAGGCACACGCCACGGCCGACGCCACCAUCGAGAAGGCACAGGUCGGCGAGGCGGUGGAUGCCGAGAAGGAUAUGCUCGCUGCUGCGAGGUUAGAACAGGAGCAGGAGAAGCGCGAGGCGGCGCCGCCCAAGUCCAGCGAGAAGUAA